GGAGGAGGGAGGCGAACAAUCGGGCUGGACUGGCUGCUGUUAUUUCUCCCCGACAGACAAACAAUCUGAACGGGCAGGAGUUGCGAAGCAAGCCGCUGCUAGAGGCGUAACAAGCCUCUGACAGAAAGCACCUGACCUACUUAACCUUCAUUACAGGAACAACCAACUGUUACUUUACAAGCCUGGAGGUUAUAAUUUAACCAGAGCCCCGGAACGAGUUGAAUUGGGUGACAUUUAUUAUGUCUAUAUUACCGUUCACCCCUCCGAUUGUUAAGAGGCUACUGGGCUGGAAGAAAGGAGAACAAAACGGACAGGAGGAGAAAUGGUGCGAAAAGGCUGUCAAAAGUCUGGUAAAGAAGCUGAAGAGGACGGGGCAGCUGGAGGAAUUGGAAAAGGCCAUCACAACACAGAAUAUCCACACUAAAUGCUUAACCAUACCCAGGUCGUUAGAUGGACGUCUGCAGGUGUCCCACAGAAAAGGUCUUCCUCAUGUGAUCUACUGUCGCCUGUGGCGCUGGCCAGACCUGCAGUCUCAUCAUGAGCUGAGGGCUGUAGACCACUGUGAAUUUGCCUUCCACACUAAAAAGGAUGAAGUGUGCGUCAACCCCUAUCACUACCAGAGGGUAGAGACACCAGUUUUGCCGCCUGUGUUGGUGCCGCGGCACUCAGAUAUUCCCGCUGAGUUUCCACCACUAGACGACUACAGUCCAUCAAUACCUGAAAAUACCAAUUUUCCAUCCGGCAUUGAGCCUCAGAGCAACUACAUACCUGAAACGCCCCCUCCAGGGUAUCUGAGUGAAGAUGGUGAGGCGAAUGAACACCAAGUCAACCACAGCAUGGACACAAGUUCACCAAGCCUUCCACCCAGCCCCGUUUCACCCACCAACAGUAAUCCUAACGUGCAGCCGGUGACAUAUUGCGAAUCCGCGUUCUGGUGUUCCAUCUCUUACUAUGAGCUGAACCAGCGCGUAGGAGAGACCUUCCAUGCAUCCCAGCCCUCCCUCACUGUGGACGGAUUCACAGACCCCUCCAAUUCUGAGCGCUUUUGUCUGGGUUUGCUGUCCAACGUUAACCGGAACUCAGCCGUAGAGCUCACGCGCCGACACAUCGGACGUGGUGUAAGGUUGUAUUACAUUGGAGGAGAAGUGUUUGCAGAGUGUCUUAGUGAUAGUGCCAUCUUUGUUCAAAGCCCAAACUGCAACCAGCGAUAUGGGUGGCAUCCGGCCACAGUGUGCAAAAUACCUCCAGGAUGCAACCUGAAGAUUUUCAACAACCAAGAGUUUGCUGCCCUCCUUGCUCAGUCUGUCAACCAGGGCUUCGAGGCGGUUUACCAGCUAACCAGGAUGUGCACCAUUCGCAUGAGUUUUGUGAAGGGAUGGGGAGCCGAGUACAGACGUCAGACGGUCACUAGCACCCCCUGCUGGAUUGAGCUGCACCUAAAUGGCCCUUUGCAAUGGCUGGACAAGGUCCUUACGCAGAUGGGCUCUCCCAGUAUCCACUGCUCCAGUGUCUCUUAGGAAAACUAGUGUCAACAUGCAACUGAGUGCAAACCUUUUGCAAAAAUGUCAAAGUGUUGUCAGUGAUGAAGAAAGAAGCAUUGUUCAUUUCACUACAAGGGCACCUCAAUGGAAUGUCAAGCGUUUAUUUCUGUAGUUCAGUUCAAAACCUCUAGACCAGGGGUCACCAAUGUUUUUAAGGCUGAGGGCUACUUCAUAAGAAGGGCUAUCAAUACUGACCGAUGAAUGGGAGGCACCAGUGUUCACCUAAGCUUUAAACAUAAACAUAUUUUUUGUUACCUUUAAUUUCUAGUUUGAUUACUGUGAUGAAAUGUUCUACAGAGAUUAAAAAAGAGCAACAAAUAAUAAUAAUAACAAAACAAAAAAAUCAAACUUAGCCCACUGGUAAGUUGUUCUGUUUUUAGAAGAUGCUGAGGGCACUUGUGUGAUCCUUGAGGGCAGGUUGUUAGCCGCAGGGAUGUUUGUGACCCCUGCUCUAGACACAUUAAAACCAGAGUGAUCUAUCUUUUUAAUUCUGUUAUUUUUGAUUAGUAUUAUUAACCCAAGAUUAAGUUUCAUGGAAAUUUAGAAUAUUGAAUCAAACAUUUAACAGGAUUACUUCAUCUAAAUGAACAGUACUAAAUGCUUUGCACAUGCCUGUGUACAUUGAAGUUUCAUUUUAUGAAGUGAAUGACCUAAAUGAAGGUUUUAAUGAUGAUGUAAUUCUGAAUGCACAUGUAUCUGCUUGGUCUCACAUUUUGAAAAAGAUUCAAUCUGUUCAAAACGCUUUUAUUUUAAAUCAUGAGUUGUAAGCAGCUGAUUGUUACACUAUAUUAGAGAGUUUGUGGUUUGGCUUUAUUUUGUUUUUGAGAAGAUGAAACAGGUUUAACUAAUCAUUCAAAUAUUUCAUUACUUAGUAAUGCAGUUUUUUUUUCUCCAUACAGACACUUCAAAUACUUAUUCCGCAAGCUUAGAUCAUUUUAAAUUUAGCUUGCCUUUUUUUUUUUUUUUUGACUAAUUAAGUGAUUUAACCAAGAUUAGUAGUUACCAUUAAUGUUUUAGCUUCUAAAUGGAGGAGAAUGUUUGACCUGAUACAGGAAAUAAUAUGACAGGUAUUCAUUUGUUGUUGUAUUGUCAUUUUAAGACACUACUUUCCCUAUAUUCAUUUAUUUAUAUAUAUUUUCUAAUUUAUGAUAUGAUUGGUAGUUUGUCUACCCAAAGAAAAACAAAGCACUAUUGUUUCUGUAAAAAAGAAAAAUGUAUGAACUAUUUUUUUCUGUGAAAGAGACAGAAGUUAUUUUUGCAUAUUAUCUGACAUGGGAAUAUAUUUUUAUGAUUUCCUAAAUAUGACUGUACAUAAAUGUUAUAAUUUAAUGUAGGAAAAAUUCUUGAAGUAGUGAUCCUGACUGACCUCUGCUGUAGGGCUGACUCAUAAGACUUUACUAACAACGUCUGGACCAGGCUUCUGUGUCAAACACUAUUUCUCUCUUAAUAGAGGUAAUAUGGCAGACAGUUUUCCUCAGAGGAAUUUAGAAAACAGAACUGUGGGGUGAAAAUGAGAACAAACUGUUGUAAAUCACUUUCCUUGUGGAUAAACAACACACUUCCAGGUUACAGUGCUUAUCAUAUUACCUUGUAGUACCGGUAAAUGCUUGCCAAAAAAAAUAACAUACUAUAUGUACAGUGUCAUAAUAUAAGGCAUGUGUAUUGUUACUGUCAUUGCCACCGUCUCUGACUCAACAGUGUACAUCCUGCACUUCUGGUAAGCUGUGUUUCCAUGUGAUUCCUAACACUGGCAUGGUAGUAGCCUAUGUGCACUUUGGUGCGAUAUGUUGUUGGUAGGUAUCUGUUUCUUUAUUUUUUUCAUUGCUUUUCUGGGUGAUGUCUUACAUACAUGUGGCUAUUUCCCUUUUGUCAACUGAUCUAUUAUAAAUGUGAACUUUUAUUAAAAUGCUACAGAGGA